AUGGAUCCAAAUGAUGAGCCGGAAGAAGACGGUGCAAAUGUCGAUCUUGAUGCACAUCGAAAAGGAAAAUGUGCUGUAAUUAAGACUUCUACGCGACAGACAAUUUUUUUGCCUUUAAUUGGACUUGUUGAUCCAGCUACUUUAAAACCAGGUGAUUUAAUCGGCGUUAACAAAGACAGUUAUUUAGUUUUGGAUACGUUACCUGCCGAAUAUGAUUCUCGUGUUAAAGCUAUGGAAGUUGACGAAAGACCAACAGAAGAUUAUACCGACAUUGGAGGCUUAGAUAAACAGAUUGAAGAAUUGGUAGAAGCUAUCGUUCUUCCUAUGACACAUGCUGAUAGAUUCAAAAAUUUAG